AUGGAGAGCUCGAUAUCUUUAAAAGACGCGCCAGAAAUGGACUACAAAGAGGCGUUUCUAGACGUCAUGCUGGUUCCUGGCGGUACUCUCGAGGCGGUGCAGGAGCUCUACGACAUCUGCCACGUGGAGGCAUUCGUCGCAGCGAUGCUGGACAUUCGUGCGACCGCCGUCGCCAGGCGACGACUACUUGGCGUCGUCGGCCCCGGUACCACCAAGGCGGAGCAGUACACGGUUCGAGACAUGUUCUCAUUUCAACAGGACGCGAUCCCAACAGCCAUGCUGCGAAUAAGCGGCGUCCUGCACGAGCCCGCGACGCGCCUAUUCAACGACGUGUUGCGAUUCAUGGGCGUGCACGAGGGCAAGAUGCUCUCCCGCGCGGAAGAGGUCGCGCUGGUGGCGCGCGUGUUUUUGGACCUGGGGAAGGAGCCGCCGCUGCGAGAUGAGCUGUUUCUGCAGCUGUGGAAGCAGACGCGGGGGAACGAGUACAAGGCGUCCUGCCUGAAGGUGUGGGAGCUGAUGCGGCUGUGUGCGGGCGUGUUUCCCCCCACCACCACCGUCGCGGGGCCACUCUCCGAGUACUUCUCCUCGCUCGUCUCCGACGAGGCGGGGGACGAGGCCAUUCGAGAGGCGGUGCUGGCUGCGUGGAAGGCGCUGGAUCAUGGAUUGAAGCACGGUCCUAGAAGAUGCGUGCCGGGGCAAGAUGAGGUGCUCUCGUUGCUGACGCACACACCCCUGUCAGUGCCAGUGUAUCUGUGCGACGACACCCUUGAAAACAUCCCUAGCAGCGCCGUGACCACCAUUGGCGAGGCCAUGCAGUUGCUGCUGCAGAGGCUACAUGUGACAGACACCACCUCCUUCGCCCUCUUCACAUGCCGAAUUUACAAAUCCAUGGGGGCAACUCACAGCGACCCCACCAUUGACCACGUGCCUCUGGACCCAGAAGCGUACGUAUCAGACGUGAUGGCGGAGUAUGUGAAAGCAGCGCGUGGCAGCCUGGUGGCAUGCAAGCUGCUGCUGAAGAAGCGGUUCUUCAAGACAGACGAUGCUCUCGUUGCUGACCUGCAGCACGUGCGCCUCUGCUAUGCGCAGCUCCGGUACGACUAUCUCACGAACCACUAUCUGGUGACAGUGGAGGGAGCAGUGGUGCUGGCAGCGCUGCAAAUAGCCGGGGAGAUUGGGGUCAUUGCCAACCCUGAAACGGCCCUGGAGUGGAGCAUACAGAUGAAGAGGUCUAUCCCAAAGAUAGUGUCUCGCCUGCACUCCAAGGACGAGUGGAUGAACCUCAUCCUCGAACCCUACAGAACCCUGUGGUCAUUAGACCACGAGGCCACGAUGAGGGAGUUCGUCCGGAUCCUGCUGGAGAUCCCACAGGGCGGGUCCGUCUUCUUUGACCUGCGCACAGAGGAGGACACAGCCAACUACUUCCCCAAGCAUGUCAUUGUGGGAGUCAACCACAAUGGGCUACAUUUCCUGGAUGCAGAGAUUCGGUCGGUCAUCCACCAAGCAGAGUUGAGGGAGCUUGCAGAGUAUGCAGGGCAGCCUGUUCGAAUAUUCUUCAGCAUGACUCUACAAGACGAGCUACACUCGUUCGAGUUUGCUACUACCGGGGGGGACGAGAUAUGCUUCUUGCUUGAUAUUCACAUAGCAAAUGCAUUGAGAGCAUCUCAAGUUGUUGAAUGA